ACCGGCCCACCCGGGAAAGGCAAGUGCAAUUUCACGAGGAAGUCUUGGCAGAAACGUACAGCGUGCUAGACAAAACUGGGGACGUCCCCCAUCUGCUCCAAAAGGAGAAAAAGCUAUUGAGUCAGCGAUCAGCUGCAGCUGAAGGCGCAGCGGGGGGAACGUGUGGCCCUGAACCCCGGGUCGUUUGCUUCCGGAGUUCCACAGAAGUGCGUCGGACUUUGCCUGGAGUCGGGAGCGGGGGACGCGCGUGGCCGGCCCCGCCGACAUGGAGGAGUUGCCCGACGACGACCGGAGGCUCCUGUUCAUCGCCGACGUCGUGCUGGGCACCCUGAAGCUGAAGCAGGACAAGUGGCAGAAGUGCGUGUCGGCCGCGGAGAACCGCGAGGUGCUGCAGGAGUUCCUGGAGAAGCCCGAGCGGCGGAGCCUGGUGGUGUUCGUCACCGGCGCCGGGCUGCUGCAGGCCGCCGCCGCCUUCUCCGCCGCCAGCAAGAGCAAAGGGGUGUUCUUCGUGAAGCCGAGCAGCGCGCCGCUGGGCGCGGACUGCAUGGAGGAGAACCUGGUGUACGGCGACAUGUGCUACGCGCAGCUGGAGCAGUGUUCCACCCUGGUGCAGGAUAUGGCCCCGCUGCUCUUCCACAGCAGCAACCACACCGAAUGGCCACCGGCACUGUCCCAAGAAAUCGGGCGCCACGUCCACUCAGUCAAGACCCAUGUGUUUGUGGUGUCAGGCCAAGUCCAAGGCAAGACCCUGCUGCCUCUCCCCGCGGGCUCCGAGAAAGUGGAGCUGGCCGCCCUGGAGAUGGAAAAAGGGGGGGAAAUAGUGGAUAAGGGCGACAUCAUUCACUCCUUGGAGUCCGGGGUGAUUGAGUGGAGCCAUCAGAUCUGUGCCGUCCUGAAGAAAGACUCCUCCGAGGCUCUGAGGGAAGGCAAAAACCCCACACCUCACACAGAGCUGCUCUUCUGGAAGAACAGAUAUACAGAUUUGGAGUGUAUCCACUCCCAGUUGAAAUCCUCGAAGGUGAAUAACAUGGCGAAGCUGUUGGAGGCUGUGGAGAGCAGUUAUUCCCCUGCUUUUACAAACAUGCAACAGGACAUUCUGGCAGCCUUGAAGGAGGCCAAGGACAUCUGCACCUAUUUGAACCCCCUGCAGCGGCUGUUUGAGGACAUUGAGAGUGCAGACUUUCCUGAGAUCAGAGGUCAGAUCGGCCCUCUGAUGCACACAGUAUGCCUGGUGUGGGCCAACUCCAGUUACUACAACACCCCACAGCGCCUCAUUGUUCUGUUGCAGGAGACUUGCAACCUCCUCAUACAGCAGGCCCUGGUGUUUCUAGUUCCUGAGGAGAUCCUGACAGGAGAGAUGGCUGAGAGUCUUCUGAAGGUGAGGACGACCGUCGAGAUCCUGCAACUCUUCAAGGGCACCUACGAGGACCGCAGGGCCAAUUUGAGCCAGUACCAGAGGGAGGGGAGCUUGGUUUUGCCAUGGGACUUUUCCCCUCUUUUGGUUUUCUCUAGAAUUGACUGCUUUGUCAACAGACUCAAGGCCAUUGAGGAUAUCCUGUUAACAGCUGUGGACAUUCUGAAGCUUGAGAAAUUGGAGAUUGGAGGUAUCAGAGGCCGAGAACUCAGCCAGCAGGUCGAGCUGCUCUACCAAGAGUUUGUGGACAUUUUCAAACUUUUCACAGAGAAGCCCUAUGACUGCUUGGACCUGAUCAACAGGGAGUUUGAGGAAGAUGUGAGGGAGUUCAAGCUGAAGGUGGAUGACACAGAGCGACGACUGGGAGCUAUCUUCUGUCAGGCCUUUGAGGAUGCCUCCGGACUGGAACACGUCUUCAAGGUUAUGGAUAUGUUUGGUGGCUUGCUGGAACGUCCCUUGGUGGCAGCAGAUGCUCUGGACCGAUACCCUCUCCUUGUCUCUGCGUUUGACAAGGAGCUGGACGACUGUAAACUCCUCUAUGACAGAUACAUCCAACGUACAGAGGAGCUGGGUUCGACUCCGGUGAGUAAGAAUAUGCCACUCGUAGCUGGCGGGCUGAGAUGGAUCCAGGAGCUACAGGAGCGGAUCCAGAAUCCCUUCUCCAAGUUCGGAAACAUCUCCUUCCCGUGCCUGGAGUCUGCGAAAGGAGCCAAGGUCAUCAAGAAGUAUGAGGAGCUGAUGCAACUUUUGGACAGAUACUCCGCCAGCCUAUACGAGACGUGGACGGAGGCCGUGGACGAGAGUUCUCAGUUCAACCUCAGCCUGCCAUUAAUCAGCAGAGACCCGGCCACCGCGCUGAUCUCAGUCAACUUCAGCCCACAGCUGGUGUCGGUGCUGCGGGAGGUGAAGUACCUGGAGGCCAGACAGACUGAGGCCAUCCCUGAAACAGCAGUGCAGAUCUACACCACCAGGAAGCAGCUGUGGGAGUAUGUGGCCAACCUGGAGCUUGCAGUGAGCAGAUAUAACAAAGUGAUGGACUCUGUGCUCGACGUGGAGCAUCCGCUGGUGCAGGGCGACCUCAGGGACAUUGACGCACAGCUCAAAAAAGCCGAGAAGAGUCUGAACUGGAACAGCCAAGGUAUUUGGGAGUAUAUCCAGGAAGUGCGAGACUCCGUCUGUGACCUGGAGAGCCGGCUGCACAGAACCACAGACAACGUGGAGGAGAUCAAGAGCUGCAUGAGGUCCUGGGCCCACCCCAUGUUUGUCCGGAAGGACGACAAACACGAUGCACUGCUCUGUCUGGUAGACAGGGCUGAGAGGCUGGAAAGUUUUUAUGGUCUUAUUCGGUCCUCAGGAGAAAAGAUCCACUUCCUGCUUAAGAGCAAUCUGGAGCUGUUCAGAGCCGAGCCGUCCUCUGAGAUGUGGAUGGCCUAUGUGGAUUACAUCGACGACAUGAUCAUAGACGGAUUCUUCAACAGCAUCAAUUGCUCUCUCAAGUUCUUCCUGGAUAACACAGACGAGGAAUCUGUUGUGGCCCCUCUUUUUGAGGCUCAACUGGGCCUGCAGGUUCCUGACAUGGUGUUUACUCCCUCUCUGGAGUUUGGGGUUAAGGGCAGUUUCUCUGAGCUGGUGGACAGCCUCAUCACGGAUGUGUUCAGAAUGUCCUCACUGAUGCCACGCCUCGCCCAGCACAGCCCAUUCCCCCACUACCUGGAUGAUAUGGAGGACAUGGCCGAUCUGGAUGAAAUGGUUGCUCUGCUCAAGAAACGCGUGCGGACCAUCAUGACAACGUGCUGCGAGUUUCGCGAUUCUCUGGAGCCCUACAGCUACCUGUACGUGGAUGAUAGGAAGGAAUUCAUGCGUCAGUUCCUCCUGUACGGCCAUGUUCUCACCACUGAGGAGAUUGAGGUUUAUGGUGAUGAUGGAGUCCCAGAGAGCCCGCCAACACUGGACAACUUCAAGGAGCAGGUUGACAGGUAUGAGAAGAUCUACGAAGAGGCGCAGGGUCUAGAGCCAGUGCAUGUGUUCCAACGCUGGAUGCGGGUGGAUGGCCGCAGCAUGAAGAGUGCCUUGCUCAACAUCAUCAAAAAGUGGAGCUUCAUGUUCAUCCAGCAUCUAAUUGACCACGUAACCCACAGUCUGUCGGACCUGGAGAAGUUUAUCAGUGUGGCUGAUGCUGGCCUGGCCAAGAAGGUCGAGGAGGGUGACUACGGUGGCCUGGUGGGGCUCAUGGGUCACCUUUUGGCUUUAAAAGAAAGACAGAGUUCCACAGAUGCCAUGUUUGAGCCUCUUCAACAAACCAUUGCCCUGCUGAAGGUGUAUGACCAGAAACUGCCUGAUGUGGUCCACAAACAGUUAACGGAGUUGCCAGAAAAGUGGGACCACGUGAAAAAGCAUGCAGUGAUAGUCAAGCAGCAGGUGGCACCGCUCCAGGCCACUGAGGUGGCGAGCCUGCGUCGCAAAUGUGCUUCAUUCGACGUGGAGCAGCACACUUUCAGGGAACACUUUCGCAAAAAUGGGCCAUUCAGGUUUGAGAGCGAGAGCCCCUUCCAGUUGUUGGACGAAUUCCACUUGCAGAUCCAGGAGCGGGAGGCGGUGAUGGCCACCCUGGUGGAGUCUGCCAACCUGUUCGAGGUCACCAUCUCCGAGUACAAACAGCUUCGACAAUGCAGGCGUGAGGUGGGCCUGCUGAAGGAGCUGUGGGACAUGAUCACUGUGGUGGAGGCUAACAUGGCUGCAUGGAGGACAACUCCCUGGAGAGAGAUCCAGGUGGAGGACCUGGAGCUGGAGUGCAAACGCCUCUCUAAAGAUAUACGGAGCCUGGAUAAAGAGGUUAGAGGGUGGGAGGCCUACACAGGUUUGGACAGCAAGGUGAAAAACCUCCUCACCUCCCUCCGAGCUGUGGCAGAGCUCCAAAACCCAGCCAUACGAGCCCGGCACUGGAAUCAGCUAAUGGCUGCCACUGGAGUCUGCUUCACCAUGGACAAGGAGACAACUCUGGCUGACCUGCUGCAGCUCAACCUGCACAGCUUUGAAGAGGAGGUUAGAGAGAUCGUGGACAAGGCUGUUAAAGAGAUGGGGAUGGAGAAAGUCCUCUCUGAGCUCAACACCACGUGGACAGGUAUGCAGUUCCAGUACGAGCCCCACCACCGCACCCAGGUGCCUCUGCUGCGCACCGACGAGGAGCUCAUUGAGACGCUGGAAGACAACCAAGUCCAGCUGCAGAACCUCAUGUCGUCCAAGUACAUUGCACACUUCCUGGAUGAGGUGUCGUCAUGGCAGAGCAAGCUGUCCGUAGCCGACUCGGUCAUCGCCCUCUGGUUCGACGUGCAGCGGACGUGGACCCACCUCGAGAGCAUCUUCAUUGGCUCGGAGGACAUCCGCUCACAGCUGCCUGAGGACUCCAAACGCUUCGAGGAAAUUGAUACCGAUUUCAAAGAGAUGGCAGGCAACGUGCAUGAAACGCCCAACGUGGUUGAGGCCACCAACAAACCAGGGCUGAUUGAAAAACUUGAGGGCAUGCAGAGCAGGCUGUCUCUAUGUGAAAAAGCUCUGGCAGAAUACCUGGACACCAAGCGUCUGGCCUUCCCGAGAUUUUACUUUGUCUCCUCAGUUGAUCUGCUGGACAUCCUGUCUAAUGGGACCAACCCACACCAGGUCCAAAAGCAUCUGUCUAAGCUGUUUGACAACAUGGCGAAGAUGGAAUUUGAAGCAGAUGGCGAGGGGAAUCCUUCGAAGAUUGCACUGGGCAUGUACAGCAAAGAGGACGAGUAUGUCCCCUUUAAUCAGCCCUGUGACUGCACUGGACAGGUGGAAAUGUGGUUGAACCGGGUCCUGGACACCAUGCGUGCCACAGUUCGCCAUGAGAUGACCGAGGCAGUGGUGGCCUAUGAGGAAAAACCCAGAGAGCAGUGGCUGUUUGAUUAUCCAGCUCAGGUGGCAUUGACCUGCACUCAGAUCUGGUGGACGUCUGAUGUUGGCAUGGCUUUCGCCCGUCUGGAGGAGGGCUAUGACAACGCCAUGAAGGAGUGCUACAAGAAACAGGUGACCCAGCUCAACACCCUCAUCUCCAUGCUGAUUGGCCAGCUCACUACGGGCGACAGGCAGAAGAUCAUGACCAUCUGUACCAUCGACGUCCAUGCCAGAGACGUGGUGGCCAAGAUGAUCACUCAGAAGUUGGACAAUUCCCAGGCCUUUCUGUGGCUGUCCCAGCUGAGAAACCGCUGGGGCGAGGAGGAGGGGCAUUGUUUUUCCAACAUCUGCGAUGCCCAGUUUAUCUACUCCUAUGAAUACCUGGGCAACACGCCGCGAUUAGUCAUCACCCCUCUGACAGACAGAUGCUACAUCACUCUGACCCAGUCCCUACAUCUGAUCAUGAGUGGAGCUCCAGCAGGGCCCGCCGGCACAGGCAAGACUGAGACUACCAAAGACUUGGGCCGAGCCCUCGGCAUCAUGGUCUACGUAUUCAACUGCUCCGAGCAGAUGGACUACAAGUCCUGUGGGGACAUUUACAAAGGCCUGGCUCAGACGGGGGCAUGGGGCUGCUUCGACGAAUUCAACAGGAUCUCAGUGGAGGUGCUGUCUGUGGUGGCCGUGCAGGUCAAAAGUAUCCAGGAUGCCAUUCGAGAUAAGAAGACGAGAUUCAACUUCAUGGGCGAGGAUGUGAACCUCAGUUCAUCUGUCGGCAUCUUCAUCACAAUGAAUCCAGGCUACGCUGGCAGGACUGAGCUUCCUGAGAACCUCAAGGCUCUGUUCAGACCCUGCGCCAUGGUGGUGCCAGACUUCGAGCUGAUCUGUGAAAUCAUGCUGGUCGCUGAGGGCUUCCUUAGCGCCCGAGUCCUUGCGAGGAAGUUCAUCACGCUCUACACACUGUGUAAAGAGCUGCUGUCCAAACAGGACCACUAUGAUUGGGGCCUCCGAGCCAUCAAGUCAGUCCUGGUGGUGGCUGGCUCCCUGAAGAGAGGGGACCCCGGCCGUGCGGAGGACCAGGUGCUGAUGCGAGCGCUGAGAGACUUCAACAUCCCCAAGAUCGUGACCGACGACAUGCCGGUGUUCAUGGGGCUGAUCGGAGAUCUGUUCCCUGCCCUGGACGUCCCCAGAAAGCGGGAUUUCGACUUUGAGCAGCACGUAAAGGAGUCCAUCCUGGACUUGAGGUUGCAGGCCGAGGACAAUUUUGUACUAAAGGUGGUGCAAAUGGAGGAGCUGCUGGCGGUGCGUCACUCCGUGUUUGUGAUCGGGAACGCCGGCACUGGGAAGAGUCAGGUGAUGAGAUCACUGCAGCGGACCUACCAGAACAUGAAGCGCAAGCCCGUGUGGGCCGACCUCAAUCCGAAGUCCGUUACCAACGACGAGCUCUUCGGCAUCAUCAAUCCGUCGACCAGAGAGUGGAAAGAUGGCCUUUUCUCCUGCAUAAUGCGUGACAUGGCCAUCGUCAGUCACAGCGGGCCCAAGUGGAUCGUUCUGGACGGAGACAUUGACCCGAUGUGGAUCGAGUCACUCAACACAGUCAUGGAUGACAACAAGGUGCUGACUCUGGCCAGUAAUGAGCGGAUCCCUCUCAACCCCACCAUGAGGCUGGUGUUCGAGAUCAGUCACCUCCGCACUGCAACACCUGCAACAGUAUCCAGAGCAGGCAUCCUGUACAUAAACCCAGCUGACCUUGGCUGGAACCCCCCGGUACUUAGCUGGAUCGACAAGAGGGAGGUCCAAUCAGAGAAGGCCAACCUGGCAUUACUGUUCGACAAGUACCUCCCCCCUUGCCUGGACGUCCUCAGAUCGAGGUUUAAGAAAAUCAUCCCUAUCCCGGAGCAGAGCAUGGUCCAGAUGCUGUGCUACUUGCUGGAGUGUCUCCUGACUCCAGAAAACACCCCGCCCGACUGUGCCAAGGAACUUUAUGAGCUCUAUUUUGUCUUUGCUGCGGUCUGGGCCUUUGGGGGAGCCAUGUUCCAGGACCAGCUGGUCGACUACCGAGUGGAGUUCAGCAAGUGGUGGGUGACCGAGUUCAAAAACAUCAAGUUCCCGGUCCACGGCACUGUGUUCGAUUACUACAUCGACCCCGAGACCCACAAGUUUGAACCCUGGUCCAAAAUGGUGCCCAAGUUUGUGAUGAACGCGGAUACGCCACUUCAGGCGUGCUUGGUCCACACGACAGAGACCAUUCGAGUUCGUUACUUCAUGGAUCGCCUCCUGGAGCAUCGCCGGCCCGUCAUGUUGGUCGGGAAUGCCGGGAACGGGAAGUCCGUCCUGGUGGGGGACAAACUGGGAUCCUUGGACCAGGAUAAAUAUGUUAUUAAAAAUGUCCCCUUCAACUAUUACACCACAUCUGCUAUGCUGCAAGCGGUGCUGGAAAAGCCCCUGGAGAAGAAAGCCGGGCGUAACUACGGACCUCCAGGCAGCAAGAAACUUAUCUACUUCGUAGAUGACAUGAAUAUGCCCGAGGUGGAUCCAUACGGCACGGUGCAGCCUCACACACUCAUACGCCAACACAUUGACUAUAAUCACUGGUAUGACCGUACUAAACUGCUUUUGAAGGAUAUACACAACGUUCAAUACGUGUCCUGCAUGAACCCCACUGCUGGCAGCUUCACCAUCAAUCCACGACUGCAGCGCCACUUCUCGGUCUUUGCCUUGUCCUUCCCCGGGGCCGAGGCCCUGAGCACCAUCUACACCUCCAUCCUGACCAUGCACCUGAAAGGAGAGGGCUUCCACCCGGCCCUGCAGAAGAGCUGUCCCACCCUCGUCCAGUUGGCCCUGACCCUGCACCAGCGCAUCUCCACCUCCUUCCUCCCCACCGCAGUCAAGUUCCACUACAUCUUCAACCUGCGAGACCUCUCCAACAUCUUCCAGGGGAUUCUCUUCUGCACCGCCGAAUGUCUGAAAGUCCCCCCGGACCUCCUGAAAAUCUACCUGCACGAAAGCAACCGGGUCUACAGAGACAAGCUGCUGGAGGAGCAGGACUUCCAGGCCUUUGAUAAGCUGCAGAGGGACACAGUGAAAAAGUUCUAUGAGGACAUGGACGAGACUCUGGAGCAGACCAAGCAGAUGAACAUGUACUGCCACUUCUCCCAGGGGCAGGGGGAGCCCAGGUACUUGGCCGUGGAAUCGUGGAGCACCCUCAAUAAAACCCUGCUGGAGGUGCUGGACAACUACAACGACGUCAAUGCCACGCUAAACCUGGUGCUGUUUGAGGACGCCAUGGCUCACAUCUGCCGCGUUAACCGAAUCCUGGAGUCUCCGCGGGGCAACGCGCUGCUGGUCGGAGUGGGCGGGAGCGGCAAGCAGAGUCUGACCCGACUGGCCGCCUUCAUCUCCAAUCUGGAGGUCUUCCAGAUCACCUUGAGGAAGGGCUACGGCAUCCCUGACCUGAAGGCCGACCUGGCAGCCCUUUACAUGAAAGCUGGCGUGAAGAAUAUUGGCACCGUGUUGCUGAUGACCGAUGCCCAAGUGUCAGAUGAGAAGUUCCUCGUUCUGGUCAACGAUCUGUUGGCAUCGGGAGAGAUUCCGGACCUGUUCCCGGACGACGAGAUGGAGACCAUCAUUGGCAACAUGAGGGCAGAGGUCCGCGCCUCGGGAUUGAUGGAUUCGAGGGAGAACUGCUGGAAGUUCUUCAUCGACCGCGUUCGCAGACAACUCAAGGUGGCUCUGUGUUUCUCUCCAGUGGGUAAUAAACUGAGGGUUCGCAGCAGGAAGUUCCCUGCGGUGGUGAACUGCACGGCGAUCGACUGGUUCCACGAGUGGCCACAGGAGGCGCUGGAGUCGGUCAGCUUCAGGUUCCUCGAGGAGACGGAGAAUAUCGACCCUCAAGUGAAGGAGUCGGUGAGUAAAUUCAUGGCGUACGUGCACAUGAAUGUGAAUCAGACGUCCAAGGAGUACCUGGUCAACGAGCGGCGCUACAACUACACCACGCCCAAGUCGUUCCUGGAGCAGAUCAAGCUGUAUCAAAGUCUGCUGGGUCAGAAGAGCAAAGACCUCACCACCAAGACUGAGCGGCUGGAAAACGGCCUGCAGAAGCUCAACAGCACCUCCGCUCAGGUGGAUGACCUCAAGGCCAAGCUGGCUGCCCAAGAAGUGGAACUCACGCAGAAGAACCAGGAUGCAGACGAACUGAUUCAGGUGGUCGGGGUAGAAACCGACAAGGUGUCCAAGGAGAAGGCGGUAGCUGACGAGGAAGAGCAAAAGGUGGCGGUCUUCGCUGUGGAGGUCACCGGUAAACAGAGAGACUGUGAGCGGGACUUGGCCAAGGCCGAACCAGCUCUCCUGGCUGCUCAGGGUGCCCUUGAUACUCUUAAUAAGAACAACUUGACGGAGUUGAAGUCGUUUGGCUCUCCGGUGUUAGCGGUGACGAACGUCACAGCGGCAGUUAUGGUCCUGAUGGCGCCGCGUGGGAAAGUCCCGAAGGACCGCAGCUGGAAGGCUGCAAAGGCGAUGAUGGCCAAGGUGGACGCGUUCCUGGAUGCCCUUGUAAACUUCAAGAAAGAGAACAUCCCAGAGGCUUGCCUUAAAGCUAUUCAGCCUUACCUGAAUGACCCAGAGUUCGAACCAGAACUGGUGGCUUCCAAGUCGUUGGCCGCGGCGGGUCUCUGUUCCUGGGUUGUGAACAUUGUCAAAUUCUACGAGGUGUACUGCGAGGUGGAGCCCAAGCGCCAGGCUCUGAGCAAGGCCAAUGCAGAUCUGGCUGCUGCACAGGAGAAGCUCGCCACCAUCAAGAGCAAGAUCACUCGCCUCGAUGAGAACCUGGCCAAGCUGACAGCCCAGUACAACAAAGCCACUGGUGAGAAGCUCAAGUGCCAACAGGAAGCAGAAUCAACCGCAAGCACCAUUUCCUUGGCCAACCGUCUGGUGGGAGGUCUGGCAUCCGAGAAAGUUCGCUGGGCGGAGGCCGUGGAAAACUUCAAGAUACAGGAGAGGACUCUGUGUGGGGACGUCCUCCUCAUCACUGCCUUCAUCUCCUACCUGGGAUAUUUCACCAAACGCUACAGGCUGCAGCUCAUGGACGACACCUGGAGGCCUUAUCUCAGUCAGCUGCAGGUUCCCAUCCCAGUGACCGCUGACCUGGACCCUUUGACCAUGCUAACUGACGAUGCCGACAUUGCCGUUUGGCAAAAUGAGGGCCUGCCCGCUGACAGAAUGUCCACCGAGAACGCCACCAUUCUCACUUCCUGCCAGCGCUGGCCCCUCAUGGUGGACCCCCAGCUGCAGGGCAUCAAGUGGAUCAAAAACAGAUAUAGUGAGAACCUGCUUGUCAUCCGUAUCGGACAGAGAGGGUACCUGGAUUCCAUCGAAAGAGCACUGGCAGCAGGUAGCGUGGUUCUGAUUGAGAACUUGGAGGAAAACCUGGAUCCUGUUCUUGGACCUCUGCUGGGCAGAGAAACCAUAAAGAAGGGCAGGUCCAUAAAGAUUGGCGACAAGGAGUGCGAGUACAACCCCACUUUCCGCCUCAUCCUGCACACCAAGCUCGCCAACCCUCAUUACCAGCCGGAACUGCAGGCCCAGUGCACACUGAUCAAUUUCACCGUGACCAGAGACGGCCUGGAGGACCAACUGCUCGCCGCCGUGGUCAGCAUGGAGAGGCCAGACCUGGAGACGCUCAAGUCCAAUCUGACGAAGCAGCAGAACAGUUUCAAGAUCACUCUGAAAACGCUGGAGGACAACCUGCUGUCGCGUUUGUCCUCGGCUUCGGGGAACUUCCUGGGCGACACAGAACUGGUGGAGAACCUGGAGACCACAAAAUGCACCGCCGCCGAGAUCGAACAGCAGGUGAAAGUCGCCAAGGUGACAGAGGCCAACAUCAAUGAGGCUCGGGAGCACUACCGACUGGCAGCAGCGCGGGCUUCCUUAUUGUACUUCAUAAUGAACGACCUCGAUAAAAUCCACCCCAUGUACCAGUUCUCUCUCAAGGCCUUCAGUGUGGUUUUCGAGAGUGCCGUUCGGAAGGCUGAGCCCGACGAGGAUCUGAAGCAGCGGGUGUUAAACCUAAUUGACAACAUCACCUCCUCAGUCUUCCAGUACACCACCAGGGGCCUGUUUGAGUGUGACAAGCUCACGUACAUCGCUCAGCUCGCCUUCCAGAUCCUUGUGAUGAAUAAAGAGAUAAACCCUGCAGAGCUGGAUUUCCUUCUGAGAUACCCAGUCCAACCGGGUCUAACAUCACCAGUGGAUUUCCUAUCACACCACUCCUGGGGAGGGAUCAAGGCCCUGUCCACCAUGGAGGAGUUUGGACACCUGGACCGAGACAUUGAAGGUUCGGCCGCAAGCUGGAAGAAGUUUGUGGACUCUAAGUGUCCGGAAAAAGAGAAAUUCCCCCAGGAGUGGAAGAACAAAAAUUCCCUGCAGAAGCUCUGCAUGAUGAGGGCUCUGAGGCCCGACCGCAUGACGUACGCUAUCAGACAAUUUGUAGAGGAGAAACUGGGAACCAAGUAUGUGGCUGGCAGAUCGCUGGACUUCGCCGUCUCCUUUGAAGAGUCCGGUCCUGCUACGCCCAUGUUCUUCAUCCUCUCUCCUGGAGUUGACCCUUUGAAGGAUGUGGAGAAACACGGAAAGAAGCUGGCCUUCACAUUCGACAACCAGAAUUUCCAUAAUGUUUCCCUGGGUCAAGGUCAGGAGAUCAUAGCGGAACAAGCCAUCAAUUUGGCAGCUGAGCACGGCCAUUGGGUCAUAUUGCAGAACAUCCACUUGGUGAGUCGCUGGCUAGGCAAUUUGGAGAAACUUCUGGAGCAGCAUGCGGAGGGAAGCAACAAGGACUUCCGGUUGUUUGUCAGUGCCGAGCCCUCCUCCACCCGUGAGGGCCACAUCAUCCCACAGGGCAUCCUGGAGAACUCCAUCAAGAUCACAAACGAACCACCCACUGGCAUGCACGCCAACCUGCACAAGGCCCUGGACAACUUCAACCAGGACACGCUGGAAAUGUGUUCGAAGGAGUCCGAGUUCAAGAGUAUUUUGUUUUCUCUGUGCUACUUCCACGCGGUCGUGGCAGAGAGGCGGAAGUUCGGUCCUCAAGGCUGGAACAGAUCGUACCCCUUUAACACCGGAGACCUCACCAUUUCUAUCAACGUCCUCUACAACUACCUGGAGGCCAAUCCGAAGGUGCCGUAUGACGACCUGCGCUACCUGUUUGGCGAGAUCAUGUACGGCGGUCACAUCACGGACGACUGGGACCGCCGUCUGUGUCGGACCUACCUGGAGGAGUAUAUCAAGCCUGAGAUGAUGGACGGGGAGCUCUUCCUGGCGCCCGAUUUCCCCCUGCCUGGGAACUUGGACUAUAACGCAUACCACCAGUACAUUGACGAGACCAUACCUCCUGAGUCGCCCUACCUGUAUGGCCUUCAUCCCAACGCAGAGAUCGGCUUCCUCACACAAACCUCAGAGAAGCUUUUCCGCACAGUGCUGGAGAUGCAGCCCAGAGACGGAGGAGCCGGUGAGGGCGGCGGGGCGACACGCGAGGAGAAGGUGCGUGUGAUGUUAGAAGACAUCAUGGAGAGACUCCCGGAGGAGUUCAACAUGGUGGAGCUGCUGGAGAAAGCGGAGGAGAGGACUCCCUACCAGGUGGUGGCGCUGCAGGAGUGUGAGCGCAUGAACUUCCUCACGCAGGAGAUGAGACGCUCCCUCCGUGAGCUCAACCUGGGAUUGAAGGGAGAGUUAACCAUGACCACUGACAUGGAGAGCCUGCAGAAUGCCAUCUUCCUGGACACGGUGCCUGACAACUGGACCAAGCUGGCGUAUCCCUCGAUGUCCACCAUGGCCCUGUGGUUCACUGACCUCCUGGUCAGGAUCAAGGAGCUGGAGGCCUGGUCCACUGACUUUGCCCUACCCUCCGUAGUGUGGCUAGCUGGCUUCUUCAACCCCCAGUCCUUCCUCACAGCCAUCAUGCAGGCUAUGGCACGAAGGAAUGAGUGGCCUCUGGACAGCAUGGGCCUGCAGAGUGAUGUCACCAAGAGGCAUCGCGAGGAAUUCACUUCGCCGCCCCGCGAAGGGGCGUAUAUACACGGGCUGUACAUGGAGGGCGCUCGCUGGGACACACAGUCCGGCAUGAUUGUAGAUGCCCUCCUCAAAGAGCUCACCCCGACCAUGCCAGUCAUGUUCAUCAGGGCCAUCCCAGUGGACAAACAGGAGAACAGGAACGUGUACCAGUGUCCUGUCUACAAAACCCGUGAGAGGGGGCCUACGUAUGUGUGGACCUUCAACCUGAAGACCAAAGAUAACCCCUCCAAGUGGGCCUUAGCUGGAGUGGCCUUGCUUCUGCAGAUCUAGCGCGAGUCUGGAUGCUUUAUUAUGAAAAUGAUGCUCAUGCCAACAGGGUCGAGGGUUAGAAUCCCAUUUGGAGCAAAUAUUUUAAAGCGAGAAGUGACAAUCUUCAUCUUACAAAUCAAACACUUGAAUAUGUCAGUCAUAAAACACACCCUGUCUCAAUUGAAAAAAGUGUGACUAUGGCUAUUAUUUAGUUUGAAAACUCGCACAUGCGCGUAUAAUAUGGGAAUGCAGGUCAAGCGUAGCAUGCGCGUGUGCAUAAUGAUCCACGAAGUAAAUAAGAAAAAUGAAAAUAACUAGCUCAUGCACUGAGUCAGUUUUUUCCUGUAGCAAUUGCAAACAUCGCAGAUCAUAUAAACCGCUGCUGUCCACACGAAAAGCCUAUGAUACAUGUUGCGGAAAUGCUCGCUCUCGAGUAUGGUCUAACGCUCACGGAAAAUGUUCUGCGGUGUUUCCGGUUUUGAAACGAAAUAAACGCCAUAUGUUACAGCCUUACUUGUUUUACCAUGACCAGUAGCUUAACGUUGUUCACUUAUGUUAGCAAAUUGAAGACAGACAUCCCUGAGCCAGUCUAAUGCCUUAAUUACUCUUCUCUACUUGUCAUACUAUUACCAGCAACAUGUCAUAUUCCUUGUGGUAAAACAACAAAUAAAGAUUCUCAGUAUACA